CACGGAAGUAAACAAACCCUUUCUUGCGAGGCAGUCAACUUGUCGGGAUGGCUACGACUAAUGCUAAACAGACUAUAUUGAAUCCGGCAAUCCCUUUCGCUGGGACUAUUCUCGGAGGUCUGCUUCCGGGGGAGAUGCUGCUAAUACAAGGCAGGGUCCCCAGUAACUCCGAGAGGUUCCAGGUGGACCUCCAGUGUGGGAGCAGUGUGAAGCCCAGGGCGGACGUAGCCUUCCACUUCAACCCCCGGUUCAAGAAGAGGCCUCUGGGCAUCGUGUGCAACAGCCUGCAGAAAGAGCGCUGGGGCAAGGAGGAGAUCCACCAGCAGAUGCCCUUCAGCCCCGGGGAGGUGUUUGAGAUCAUCAUCCUGGUGCAAAAGGAAGUGUUUAAGGUGGCAGUGAACGGGAAUCAUCUGCUGGAGUACACUCAGAGGCUGGACCUCGACGGGGUAGACACUCUGGGCAUAUCAGGCUCAGUCAGCAUUCAAGCCAUUGCCUUCUACCCCGUUGAAACUGCAGCUGCGAAGCCUUCUCUAGUCCACAGAGACUCCAUCCCACACGCGAUGCUGAAGUUCCCAGACGAUCUGAGUCUUCCUUUCCGUGGACAGAUGGAGAAGGGUUUGAGUCCCGGGCAAACCAUUACAAUUAAAGGAAAAACCAGUCCCUACCCACACAGCUUCAGUGUGAACCUGCGGGUCUCCAACGGCAGCGACAUCGCCUUCCACCUCAACCCCCGGCUGAAGGCGGGCGCGCUGGUCAGGAACUCCUUCCUGUCGGACUGCUGGGGCGAAGAGGAGCUGGAGCUGGACUCGGCCUUCCCCUUCGUCGCCGAUCAGUACUUUGAGAUGAUCAUCCUGUGUGAGGCACACCAGUUCAAAGUGGCGGUGAACGGGGUCCAUCAGCUGGUGUACCGCCACCGCGUCCAGGACCUGACCCGCAUCACCGACCUCGAGAUCCAGGGGGACGUGCAUCUGCUGGAUGUCAAGCUGUGGUAACCUCGGACACCCAUCCCCAACCCCCCCCACCCCACCA